UGAAGUAGUUGUGGACUACUCCUUGACUUCUCCGUAACCUUUUCCAGCCAGAUCAUCAUCAUCGAUCUCUCUUACUCUCCGAAAUCUCCUUCAAGUUAUGGAUGAAAGUUGGAGUGAGGGAAAAAGGAGAAUAAAUUACAAGGAGGAAGAAGAUGAUGAUGAGGAAGAGGAAGAGGAGGAGGGAAGUGAGUACGGAGAGGACGGUCGGAAGAAGAGGGUGGUGACUAACAAGAGAGGGUCCAAAGCUGGAGGCUCAAUGCCACCUUUGUGUCAGGUUGAUGGUUGUAAUGCUGAUCUCAGUGAUGCUAAGCCCUACCACAGGCGUCACAAGGUUUGUGAGUACCAUGCCAAGGCUCCUGCGGUGCUCAUUGCAGAGCAGCAUCAACGGUUUUGCCAACAAUGCAGUAGGUUUCAUGAGCUAUCAGAAUUUGAUGAAUCAAAAAGGAGUUGUAGAAGACGUUUGGCUGGACAUAACGAGAGGCGUCGCAAGAAUGCAUCUGAAUAUGGACAUUGAUGAAGUGAAGAAUGAAUAUUGAUGCAAGAUAGUAUAACAAUAACAGCAACAAAAGAGCCUUUUUGCCAUUCGGUGAGCAAGAGAAGGCAAAAGAAGCAAGAACAAAUAAUUUAAAUAAUGUCUCCCAUGUUAAUGGCCUAUGAGAAAGCUCUCUAUCUUCUAUCAAUUUUUUUCCUAUAUGCUGAAAUUGCUGUGCUUGUUAUGUCAUGAGAAUAUUAUAAAAUAUCUUUUUGAAAUAGGUAUAUG